UGAAAUUUGAACGAUGAAACAAGUAGACAGUCGCAAAUCCAAGUGCGUAGCCCACUCGUAUCUCGACGCAAGGGAUCACCCUGAUUCGUGUCGAAAGCAUACGCAGAAAAAGAGUCAGUCCUUUCUGGUUAGCAAGAGCAGCAAGAAUCCGGAAUUGUCCUCGAGCUACUAUUCCUCGCCGACCUGUUGUUACAAGCCACAAAAGAACACGUCGAUUCACGACAGCGACGACGCGCCGUAUCUCCAGAGAGACGUCUCUCGCUAUAAACCCAACCGGGAUAAACACUGCUCUGGAUACUCCUUCAACGUUUCGUCGACGAGGAACACCCACUACGACGAUGAGCUGCGCAACAUCGACAGUUUCAAAUUCACCGACGACAAAUUGGGUGACCUUACGGGCCAUGUGGUGGAAGACGUCGUGGAGGAAGUCGCAGAGGACGAUCGCGAGGUGCUAGCUGAAUUCUUGAACAGGGACUACGAGGAGCGAGAAGGAUUCGACGAAACAGACGAAAUAGACGAUGAGUCCGACAGGUCACCGCAGACUCGCAGGUCUCGCAGUCAGAGAAGAUCUAAACCGGAGGCAUUGUUGACGAAGCAACAGCGCUGGAGAGGCGCGGAGCAGCCGGAGCCGGAUACGUGGCAAUUCCAUUGCCAGCAACGUGUGUCUACUGUACAAAAUCGUCCUCCACCCUCCAGGUAUUACCACAGCGUGGCCGAGCCCGAGGAAACCGAGCCCUUAUCAGAAGAAGAUUUCGUCCGAACGUCGCUGAGGCGGCAACCUGCGGACUAUCGUCGAUGGUCGUCGCCGAGAAACGAACCUGAUCGAUACGACGACGUCGCGACGUCGAUGCAGUCGAACCGACGAGCCAGUACGAAACCGAAUGUGGACCGGCUGAUGGAGUCGGAGUUGAAUAGAACGAGAAGGUGCGAUCGUUGCGGUAGCCUGUCCAGCAGCAAGAACGUACCGCCUUUUAAGAAUACCUGUAGAUUCGACGAGUAUUGCGCGAGUAUUCCUAUCAAGGGACCAAUUGGCGACGAACCGGAAAACUACGAACAAACGUUCUGCGGCCGCUGCAACGUGAGCCACGGCUCGAACGAUCCCAGCGGCAUCGUCGACACGCCGUCGUCUGCGUACGCCAUGAAAUCGCGCAGAUCCCGCGAGACAAAGUCACCGACGUUCUACGAGCUCCCGGAGCAAAGCCAGGAGAAAUUCUCAAGCGAUUAUUCGCGAUCCCCGUCGAGGUACCAAAGCAGAAAACCUGCAGACAGGUCUACGGAAAAUUCGAACAGGUUGUUGCACACUUCUCGCGGCACCGCGCGAACACUUCCUCGAUACGUCGAAUGAGAACGGUCUCGACCGGAUUCUCCGAAAGACCAAGCAAAACUACAGAAACUAUUGAACUCGAUAAAAGACAAAAAAAGAAACUCACGAGUCGAGUCGAGAAUUCAGUCGUUGAAGCAUCCCACGAACAUUCUAGCAACGUUUCAGGAUCGAAGAAGAUUGUUCCCUCGUUUCCAGACGAUUCUCGCGACUAUUUUCGGAUAAGGAAUUCGUCCCUGUAUCACUGUUUAAGGAUGUGUGUGUCGAACAAGGUAGAAACAGAAGUCCAUUUCGUUGUAACUCAUCCACGAGAGCAACGUAUCCGUGAGAGAGGAUAAUCGUAGAGCAGAGAAUAAAAGAAAAAAAAGAAAAAAAAAAUGAAGAAAUUCGCUCCUAAUUCGAUCGUUCCCCUCCCUACUACUGGUUGUGUAAUAUAUAUUUUUGUAACUGUCCUCUCGGGUCUUGUAGAUGUUACGCUGUACUUAUUCGUCCGAGAUUAACGCUAGUUGCACAAUGUACAUACGCAUUAGGUGAAGUUGAUUAGAGUUUGAACGUGUCCCUCAGGCGAAAACUGUUUUUGCUUUAAGUCUUCGGUGUUCGACGAUCUUCUAAAUGGCAAUGUCACCGUUCCCUUGGCACGAAAUCGACUGUAUAUACGAGACACCCACCGAUUCUGUGUACAUGUACGCGUACGUGUUUGCAAGGAGAAUAAAACCUCGAAUCUGUGCACCGA